AUGGCGAGGAAGGGCGAUUUCACGGUCUGCUCAUGUGGCAAUUGGGCAUUCAAUUUCCGUAUCCAGCGCAACGAUGGCAUGUGCGCGAAGUGCGGGGCCUCGAUGGAUCUUUACCAGAGAGCACCUCCGUGGCGUUCGAAGAGGCAGAGUUCUUGGUAUCAAUACAGAGCGACGGAGACGACCACGGCCCCCACGAAGGUCGACCCAGCAGCUCUCCUCGAGCAGCUGGCCUCUCUUCCCCAGUUCACCAAAGAGGUCAACACGUUUCGUCAGGCGCAAGAGAAGUACAAGGAGAGCCAGGCGGUGCAGGCGUCUCCCCAAGAGUGCUACACGAGGCCGGCGAAAGAACUCAAGUGGAAGGCGGAUGCUCUCGAGAGAGCCUCCAAGGCAAAGUUGGACGCGGAGCACAAGCUGGAGGUCGCCAGGGAGACCACGAAGUUCGCGGCAUUGGAGCACGCCAGAGCCAAGAAGGAGCACGCGGACGCAGUGGCUCGAGUCGCGGCGGAGGCCAACAUCCAGCAUGUCCCGCAGGGCUACACUUCAGACGGCAAAAGAGUCGUCUUCGCGGUGGAUGACACGCUCUUCCAGGACAUCGGCGCUUUUGAUGAAGAAGAGCAGCGAGUCUUGCGGGCCCUUGAGGCCACGAUUAAGGAGAAGUGCGAGCAGGUGGCGGCCAUCCAGCAAGCAGUUCACGAACAGUUCGCAAAGGUCAAGGAUAUUCGCUCUGGAGCAACCAAGAGACAGCGCACUGGAGAACAAGGUCAAUCGGCAGUGGGUACUGGAGGCACCACGGAGUACGACUCGACGCCAGAGGACCAGCGAGGGGAUGCCAAGAGUCCCGUGCAGCCGAACGAGGACACUCCCGACCUCCUGGCGGCAGCGGAAGCGGACCGAGCAGCGGCGUUGGAGGUUGAGCGCAAACGGAUCGCGAGCAAUGCCAAGGCUGGCGGCAAAGGGCACAAGUUUCGUGGUCCGAACGAGAAGACGCUGAUUAGGUUGGCGUCCUUCCUCAGCCUGGUGAAGGAGCCCUGGUUGGUGAUGGGCGACUGGAAUAUGCAUCCAUCGGAGUGGUCUAAGACAACCUGGCUGGAGAAGCUGGAUGCACUGGUCAUCAUUCCCUCCAAUGGCGAAGUUGCGUGCAAUAGGGGCCGAGGCACGCUCGUCGACUACGCGAUUGCGAAGCGUGGGAUUUCUUCUACCAUGAAGCUAUCAAUCGUGCCUGAGGUGCCAUGGAAGACCCAUGCAGGCAUGGUCUUAGAGGUCAUGUACGCGAAGGUGGGUUGGUGGCACAGAGCGUUGGACAUUGCGAAGGAGCUUCCCACGGUGAAGAGACCCACCCUUUUGCCCGACCCAGAGAGCAAGAGACAGAGGAACCCGGCGGAAGCUCGAGCACACAGACAGCAGCAACUGGACGAUCAUUUGCAGGAGGCGUUUGGCAACAUGCAGCAUCAGCAUGAGGACAGCAUCGAGGAGGGGAGCGUCCCAUUCAGCAUAUCCCACGAGGUUUGGGAGCAGGCGCGGAUGCUAGAGAAGACACAGGACUCAUGCCUGGAAGAAAAUCGGGAACUCACCCCGCAUUUCCUCCCGGACAGGGACAUACCAGCCAGGGGCAGGCUGGCAUCGAGCUGCGCUAGCUGGGCGACAACGCUUGAGGAGGCCACCAUCAUCACACACAAGCCCGAGCAGCAGGAGGCCGACAAGGUCAGGGGCAGAGCCAAGGGCUUCGCGUUCAGGUGGGAGCGGACACGCGCUACUCCCGACCGCCCCCAUCUACGAGACCCAGUGGCUGAGUGGUGGAAUAUAUGCAGUACUCUGGUCAUUCGAGCUGGAGUAUUACGGCAGUCACAACGAAAUUCCGAUUUACAGGCGGUCUGCAGCAAGAUCGAAGACUUUCUGAGCAUCAAUUACGCCACGGGCAUGUUUACGAUUUUCCACGACGAGGAUAAGUUCAAGUGCUGGUUGGGGAUGGUGACCAUGAUUUCAGAGUUAGAUGACACGGACUUCUCGGACUUGCAGCAGAUGACAAAUCAGUUCCUCAGCAGAGCGAUUGGGCGAUCCCUAUCGAAGGCGAACAAGAGCUUCCAGCAGUGGGUGACCCGCAUGUGGAAAUCUACUCCAGGAGUUAUCCACAGGUAUACGCGAGGUGUGCUGGACAAGGACAGCGAGCUGAUCACGGCGGACCACGUAUACCAGGCGGCAUCCAGCAUGAACGCGAAUAAAUCGAAGGGUAUUGAUGCAAUGGGUCCAGUGGAGGUACAGCGACUACCACUAUCGGGUGCACAUCAGCUGGGGCGGCUGCUCAAUGAGGUCGAGGAGAUUGAGAUGUGGCCACCACAGGUCAACCUCGUCAUUG